AUGGCGUCCGCGGGGUCGAACACCAUCAAGGUCGUUGCUAGGUUCCGUCCGCAAAAUAAGGUUGAAUUGGCCUCCGGAGGUAAACCUAUCGUCGAAUUCGAAAAUGAAGAGUCAUGUAUCAUCAACUCCCGAGAGGGCACAGGGGCAUUCACAUUUGACCGCGUGUUCCCCAUGGACACCGCCCAAAACGACAUCUUCGACUUUUCUAUUCGACCAACCGUGGACGACAUUCUCAAUGGAUAUAACGGAACGGUAUUCGCCUAUGGCCAGACCGGUGCUGGAAAGUCGUACACAAUGAUGGGUGCCGACAUCGAUGAUGAGGUAGAGAAGGGUAUCAUUCCACGAAUGAUCGAACAAAUCUUCGCCAGCAUCCUGACUAGUCCGAGCAACAUCGAGUACACCGUCCGGGUCAGUUAUAUGGAAAUCUACAUGGAGCGAAUUCGCGAUUUGCUAGUGCCCCAGAACGACAACUUGCCAGUCCACGAGGAGAAAGCUCGGGGAGUUUACGUUAAAGGAUUGUUGGAAGUCUAUGUGUCCAGUGUGCAGGAGGUUUAUGAAGUUAUGCGCCGAGGAGGCGCAGCGCGGGCCGUCGCUGCAACAAACAUGAAUCAAGAAUCAUCUCGCUCUCAUUCCAUCUUUGUGAUUACCGUCACCCAGAAGAAUGUCGAGACUGGAUCUGCCAAGAGUGGCCAGUUGUUCUUGGUUGAUUUGGCUGGUAGUGAAAAGGUUGGAAAGACCGGCGCAAGUGGCCAGACUUUAGAGGAGGCCAAAAAGAUCAAUAAGAGCUUGAGUGCGUUGGGCAUGGUCAUCAACGCCUUGACCGACGGCAAAUCGACACACAUUCCUUACCGUGACUCUAAACUCACUCGAAUUCUUCAAGAAUCUCUUGGUGGUAACUCUCGGACAACCUUGAUUAUCAACUGUUCGCCCAGCAGCUACAACGAUGCGGAAACGAUCUCGACCCUUCGAUUCGGUGUGCGCGCCAAGGCCAUCAAGAACAAGGCUAAGGUGAACGCAGAGCUGAGUCCCGCCGAGAUGAAACAACUACUGCGCAAGGCGCAGAGUCAAAUGACCAAUUUCGAGCAUUACAUUUCAGCACUGGAGGGCGAAGUCAACCUGUGGCGUAGUGGUGAUAGCGUUCCAAAGGAACAAUGGACCCCCGGGCGAGGAAACGAACUAGUCAAUGCCACGAAAACAGAGUCCCGUGGUCCGCGGCCGGGUACUCCUUCACGUUUACAGGAGACUGCUCGUUCGGAAACGCCCCGCCCAGAUUCGCGUGUUGGAGAUCGGUCCAGCACUCCCAGCCUGGUGCUGGAGAAGGAUGAGCGCGAGGAAUUCUUGCGCCGGGAGAAUGAGUUCCAAGAUCAGCUUGCAGAGAGAGAAUCGCAUAUUGUCAACGUGGAGCGCAGCCUCCGCGAAGCACGCGACGAGCUUCGAUCUCUGAAAGAGAAUGGCGCAAGAACAGGAAAGGAUAAUGAGCGCUUGGGAACAGAGGUGAACGAGCUUCGAAUGCAGCUGGAGAAGGUGUCUUAUGAGAGCAAGGAAGCCGCCAUCACGAUGGAUGGCCUCCGGGAAGCCAAUUCAGAACUUACAAGCGAGCUCGACGAAGUGAAGCAGCAGCUUCUGGAUGUCCGAAUGAGGGCGAAGGAGACCACUGCGGCUCUUGAUGAGAAGGAGAGGAAGAAGUCUGAGAAGAUGGCUAAGAUGAUGGCCGGGUUUGACCUUGGUGGUGAGGUGUUCUCUGAUAAUGAACGCAAGCUACAGGACCUCAUCCAGCGUGUCGAUGCCCUCCACCAGAUUAGCUCUGAAGGUGAAGUAAUUGCACCAGACGACAUCCUCGAGCUUCGCACGAGUCUACUCGAAACACAAGGCUUCAUCCGGCAAGCCGAGCUGACAGUCAACGACCGAAGCGACUUUGGCGAGCUGCAGGACAGCCGCCGCGUGGACUUGGAGAAGAGGCUCGAUGACCUUCAACGAGAGUAUGAGGGUCUCCUGACUCGUAAUCUGGGCGAGAGUGACGUGGAAGAGAUUCGAGGACGGCUAGAACAAGUUUACAUUGCAAAGAAAGAGGCGGAGGUUGCAGCCGCUGGGGAUCUUCGUUCCGACAUCUCGCGGAAGGAUGAGGAGUUGACUCAGCUGCGGCAGUCUCUUGUCGACACUCAAUCCCGGACAUCCACCAAUGGCGUCGCCAGCAAGACCUUGCAGCAGCAAAUCACCGAGUUCGAUGCCAUGAAGAAGUCACUCAUGCGUGACCUGCAAAACCGCUGCGAGCGUGUGGUCGAAUUAGAAAUUUCCUUGGACGAUGCACGAGAGCAGUAUAACAACGUCCUCCGCUCAUCAAACAACCGCGCCCAACAGAAGAAGAUGGCGUUCCUGGAGCGCAACCUCGAACAAUUGACACAUGUACAGCGUCAACUGGUGGAACAGAACAGUAGUCUGAAGAAGGAGGUGGCCAUCGCAGAGCGGAAGCUGAUUGCAAGAAAUGAGCGCAUUGCCAGCCUGGAAGCCCUGCUUCAGGAAAGUCAGGAGAAACUCACCCAAGCCAACCACCGAUUCGAAGCUCAACUCACGGCUGUCAAGGAGCGCCUCGAAGCUGCGAAGCAAGGAUCCACCCGCGGGCUACCGAGCAUGGAUGGGAAUGCGAGUUUCAGCUUCGGUGGGUCGCGUAUCGCGAAGCCGCUACGUGGCGGUGGCGACGGACCGGCGAACGCGAACGUCGCGGGUGUACAAUCGCAGGAAGCGACGGGGAAACGCAGCAGUUGGUUUUUUGAUCGCCGAUAA